GGCAUGCCCUAAAUUUUUCCUAUUCUUACAGUUCGAACCAUCAUUAUGUUUAAAUUGGGGCGAGGAUGUCAUUUAUUAAUGAUCUUAAUCUGGUACCUUGAAGAUGAAGAGUAAUUACGGAAGAUUUUCGUGUAAUCUGUUUUUAAUACGUAAUGAGGGGAAAUGUACCGAAAGCGUUCGGGUUCUUUCUGCAUGAAAUUUUUUUAACAGGUCGUUUUAGGCCGACACACUUUUCGAGAAUGAAUGUUAUCUCUGUUCUUCGCGUGAGUGAAGAGAAGAGGCAAGUGUGGAAGGAAUACCAUAUACCAACUGGGCCAAAAUGUCGGCGCUUAUGUACAUGGUUGUCGAAAACUACAACGAGGUUCUGCAAUCCAAAAAAGAUCCCGUGGUAGAUACGUGGUUGUUUAUGCAGUCGCCUUUACCAGUAGUAACGAUUUUAGUAUCCUAUUUAUAUUUUGUUCUCAAAUUAGGCCCGCAAUUAAUGAAAAAAAGGAGACCGUUUAAUAUAUCAAAUGUAUUGGUGGUGUAUAACGCGUACCAAGUGAUAUUCAGCGCGUGGUUAUGCAUGCAACCCUUUCUAGUGGAAAAUGCCUUCCAAAUGAUUUUCAAAACCUGUGGGACAUUCGCGCCUAGAUCAUCCUACACGAUUGCCCUCGCAAGAGGAGCUUGGUGGUACUUCUUCUCGAAAGUAAUCGAACUUUUGGAUACGAUCUUCUUUGUGCUUAGAAAGAAGCAGUCUCAAGUGACAUUUUUGCACGUUUAUCACCAUGCCAACACGAUGUUCUUCUCAUGGGUGUACUUAAAGUUUUUACCCGGUGAGCAAGGAGUGGUCAUCGGUGUUUUGAACUCGGCAGUACACGUUGUGAUGUACUUGUAUUAUUUAAUCGCAGCUCUUGGUCCGAAGUACCAAAAAUACUUGUGGUGGAAGAAGUACCUUACUUGGAUUCAACUUACCCAAUUUUGCAUCAUGCUUGUGUACUUGGCGUCUGUUAUCUUAUUGGAUUGCAAAAUGCCAAAAGCUUUAACAUUCUUCUUCGUUACGAACGUAGUUAUAUUUCUCUACCUUUUUACGGAUUUUUACCGGAAAGCCUACAGAAAGAAAAAUGUACCAACAAGUGAGGAUAUCAAAUAUGUUAAAGUAGAUUGAAUUGAAGACUCGGUGGACUUUUUGUACAAACUUUUAAUUUAAUAUGUUCGAAUGUUAGAAAAUCUAAGUGUAUCUGCGUUUCUUCGGUGGACAUCUUAAUUUUGUUAAAUAAUGUAGUUCUUAAGCACACACUAGCGCUUUCUCAUUGUGACCUUACAAUGCAUCAUUUUUAUAAAGCCUGGUGACCGCCAAGUGCGUACUUCUGAUUCUGAUAGCUUAGUGUGUCAUCAGUUUUUUCAACAAAACGCGACAGGACACCAAGUUAUAAUGUCUAACUGCGUAUAGUAGUAAUAGUUUACGACUGAAUUGUGAAUAUCAAAAUCGAUGUUCUACAUAUAAUGAUUUAAACCAUCUGCACCAAAGCAUUGAAUAAAAUUUAUUCAAUGACCAAAGCAAUAAUUUGUGGCGCAAUGGAAGAACUGUCACCUCCACGUGAUUAUUGUUAAAAGCUAGAUAGAGCAUUAUCUAGUUUAGUGGGAACGAGAACAAACUAAGAUUGGAGCAUGGCCUAGUCCCCAAAAAGAUAAGAAUCUAAAGUGGUAGAAUAAGAGAAACGUGGAGGUGGAAGUAUGUGUAAAGAAUGAGACAACCUCCAUGUACAUUUUGGAAACAGUAGAUUAAGGAGUUAUAGUUGUGACGAGCGUAGCAAGAUCCUCGGCAACAAAAUACUACAGAUCCUUUUUUCGAAUUGAUUAUUCUACUCAGUGCUAGUAUUACAUAAAGCUGCCAUAUGAAUAAUUAAAAUGAGGUCAACGUUCAACGUUUGGAGUAAAAUGGUUACUUAUAUACAAACUACUGUGCUUAUAUUGUAAUGGAAGUAACUGAUGUUCAGUUGAAGUACCAAAGAGUAAUCCUGACAUUUUACGCACGAUCUGCGCUGACCUAUUAAAGCAUGUUUUAUCGGAAGCCUAAUUUUACUUAAGUAGGCAUGUUAUCUAAGAUUUUCAAUUAGAGGUAUUCUUUAUAAUGUAGGUAUUUGUUUUGUAUGCAUUAUUUUACAGUUUUAUAUAAAUAGCCAUCUUCGUUUUGGAAAUUGACGUGAUUUAACCUCAAUUCAUCACGUGUAUGGAAUAUACCGUUAAUUUUUAUUGAU